AUGGCACUACAUGACCUGCACGCCUUAGCCAUUAUUGCUUUACUUUGGCCACUUCUCCUCCAGGCCAUCUAUCGUGCUUUCCGUGCAAGCUCUUGCGAACGCUUCCGUCUGCUUCAUGGAUGCCAGUCUGCGCCAAAAGGUGGGCGGCGUAGCCUUCCCUUUGGCGUCGACAAUCUUGCCAUCCUUUGGCGAGCGACCCGAGAGAAUCGCGUCCUUGAGACAGUAGACUCUGACUUCCGCUCCAGUGGACGUACCACCAUGGUCCAAAGACACCUCAACCGGCGGAUGGUCAUGACCUGUGAGCCGGAGAAUAUUCGGACAAUCCUGUCUUUCAAAUCAGACGAUUACAGUGUUGAGAGUCGUAACCAAGCCUUCGGUCCCUUGGUCAGUACAGGAAUCUUAGUCUCAGAUGGUGAUAAUUGGGCUCAUUCUCGAGGCGUUAUGCGGCGCAACUUCGCCCGGAGUCAGCUUGCCAAUUUCGAGCCUCUAGAACAGACACUGCAGGAUCUAGUUUCUCUCUUGCCGCGUGAUGGAGGCACAGUGAAUUUGCAGCCGCUUUUCUCGAGAUAUACACUGGACACCGCGAGCGAGCUUCUGCUGGGCGAGUCGAUGCACAGUCUGCGUCAGAUGGCGGCGUCGGAUGGGAAACCGAGCAAAGUUGAUGGAUUCAGGGAGGCCAUACGUUAUGCCGGAAGGGCCGUUGCACGCCGACAUCACUUCGGGGUCUUGCGGUGCUUCUUUCCAGAUCGACAAGCGAGGGAGAGCUAUCGCAAAUGUCACUCCUUCGCUGAUCAGCUGGUAGAGGAAGCCUUGCAGCAGAAGGUCAAGCGGGAUGGCAAGAAGUCAUCGUUGGCUUCAGCGUCCUCCGGCGCCAGCUCGGGCCGAUAUGUUGCUUUACAUGAAUGGCUUGAGCAGACAACUGACCGUCAGAGACUCCGUGAUGAGGUCAUAACCCUGCUGUUGACAGGCGCAGACACUACAGCCUCCCUGCUCAGUAAUCUAUUUUCCAUGCUGGCGAGACACCCGACGGUGUGGCAGAAGCUGCGGGCGGAGAUCGACUCCACACUUCAGGGUCGGCGGCCAACCUACGAGGAGCUACCGCGCUUGCAGUACCUGCGAUACUGUGUUAAUGAAGCUCUUCGACUCAUUCCCUCGAUCCCGCUUGUUGACCGCGUGGCCAGACGGGACACAGUCCUCCCGGUCGGUGGCGGUCCUGAUGGACAGUCUCCUCUUUUAGUACCCCAGGGAUCGCAGAUGCUAUGUUACUGUUCGUCUGGUGCAGCUGUUUCCGAGGAUGGAGGGGCGGGAUUCGCAGCCAUGGCAGGAGGACCUGUCGGCGAUGCUGAUGCCGAAGAAUGGGGUUAA